CGCAAGUUACACACAUCACUAGCCAAAGAUCCAUCAAGUUGGUGCAGUGCAGGUGCACUCAGAGUCGAAUUCGCCAGCGAUGCCCAAGUCCAUCCAAGAAGGCAGGCCGCUUCUGGUUGCAUCAGCCUCCGUGGCGACGGCGCCUCGUUACUUCUAUCCGCACGUUCCAAAAUGGCAUGUGUGGAGCACGGCGUCGCCCAUGUUCCGGUUCUGGUUCCUCGUGCUGCUGUCCCUAAUCCCGUUCGCUGCGCACUUCGUCACGGUGCGAUGCAGCGACAGUGAAUUGCAUGGGGUGUAUGCUUCCUCAUCUCAUGGACGUAGAAUGAAUUGGGUGCGCUGCAGCAAUUUAUGCUUGACGACAAGACAUUUCCCAUCUCCAACACCAUGUAUGGCGCCCUGAACUCGGCCGUGAGCGUGCCCAAUAUGAUUAUUCCGUUCUUUGGCGGACAUAUCAUGGACUCCCGUGGUCACUUUUCGAUCCUCUGCUUUCUCGUCCUCAUGUGCAUCGGCCACUCGAUCGUCGCGUUUGGCAUGCAACAGCACACGUUCUGGAUGGCGAUUCUCGGACGAGUGAUCUACGGCCUUGGCGGUGGCAGCGUCAUCGUCGGUGUACGCGCCAUGGUGUCGUACUGGUUUGAUUCCAACGAGAUUACUUUUGCCGUCGGGGUCAUGGUCGCCUUCACCAGUUUGGCUAAGGUUCUGGCCAAAUCGACGGUGGCCCCCAUCGCGAUGUACUUUGGGAGCUACACGUAUGGUCUUCUCUACGGCCUCGCUGUGUGUUUUCUUUCGUGCGCUGUCGCGGUUGUAUCCGUGCAAUACAUUCAUCGCCUCAAACAGCUCAAGCGCAAGUUUAAGCAACAGCUUGGAGCGACAACCACGUCCACGCUUGCACAGCCUUCCGAAGCUGCUAUGGACCCCGCCCUGCCGUGGCUCAAUGCAUACUUGCAAGCCCCGGGGAAGCGCUUCCGACCUGCGGCCAUUGUCGCUUCGAACCACAUGCCAUCGCUAUCCUCGCUUCGAGAAUUCCCACUCAUGUUUUGGGUCCUCGUGAUCAUGCACGUCGUAUAUGCAAAUGUGUUCCAUUUGUUUUUGAACAUCUCGAGCAGCUACUUGUACCAAGUCCACGGGUACUCGGUCAUCGAGUCUGGGAUUGUGACCAGUCUCUCCCACGUCCUCGUUCUCUUUGCCCCCGUGGCCGGUCUCAUCAUUGAUCGAACGGGGGGCCGCGUCAUUGUGGUUGUAGCGUCUGCUGCGUUGGGCGUUGUGACGUACGGCCUGCUGCUGUUCACGUCGACGUCGCCAGUCGUGGCACUCCUCUUGGUGUCGAUCUGUCUCUGUGCGACCCCGACGGUCCUGAUGGCCUGCGUACCUCUCACCAUUCCCAAGUCGCGCUUUGGCCUGGCGUUCGGGAUCGCCGAAGUUUUCGAUGCCGUCGGGACGUUCUCGGGCAACCUCGUCGUGGGAUACAUCCGCGACGCCACCGGGAGCUACACCCCCGUCAUACACCUCUUUUUCACGUUGGCAUGGAUUCUCCUGGGCAUGUGUAUCGUCUUGGCCGUCCUAGACAGUCGCCAUGGCAACAUUCUCUCUGGGAAGAAGCAAGAAAAUCACGCCAAUGUCACUGUCGCUAACGACGAUGAUGUCGUUGUGGACAUUCGUCAUGGGAUGUACGAAGCCACCAGCAGCGACGACGACGAGGCUGGCCGGCCUGCCAGCAAGGACUCCAAGUAGGCUCUCCAUAAAUAUAUUCUAGUUAACUCAGGGUACAGUGGUGUAAGUAUGCGGGGACGGUGCGCUCGGGCUGCUCGUGUGGCUAUCGGCCGAUGCGGCGUUGCCUAAACUCCCCAACGAGAGCG